UUCAUUUUGAUUUACCAGCAUUUGAUUGGCACAGUUUUCUCCUCGUAUAAAGGUCACCAGCUGUUACAGGCCGCUUAACAUUUAUUCGUGAGGAAGAGCAACCGAGGGACCAUCUUACCCGAAGGCGUCAAAAAGGUUUCUCAAGUCACGAAGUAGACGGUUUGCUGAAAGGAAACUUUAAGCAUCAAAAUGAAUAUUUCUGUCUCAAAUGAUUCAUUUAAUGACACUCAGGUUUGGCGGAAUCAUAUUCCAGGACAACCAACAUAUGCACACAAAGUUAUAAUGACCGUUGUCUACAGUACGAUGUUCUUGUUGUCUUUAACCGGAAACUCCAUGACGAUCUACAUUGUGUGGAGUAAACCUUACUUGCGAUCCGUUACUAACUGCCUGAUUGCUAACAUGGCCGCAGCAGAUCUCGUUACAACAUUCAGCGCCAUGCCCUAUGCAGUCACCUACGCCUUCAUACAGACUCAAUGGUUCGGAGGCAUCUUGGGAACGGUCACGUGCAAAUUGUUGAUGUUUUUGUUUCCAUUGUCCAUUGCAGCUUCCAUAAUCUCUUUGGUGAUAAUUGGGUUGGACCGUUUUUUCGCUGUAGUUUACCCGUUCAAUCGUCCCAAGGUAAUCCGCAAGAUUUCUGUGAUGAGUGCGAUCGUCUGGGCUUUGUCCAUCCUAUUCACAUCACCCUAUUUGUAUGCUUACAAAAUGCUAUUAGGACGGGACAAUAAUUAUCAUUGCGUUCAGCUAUGGGAAUCGCCUAUCACUGAUCCAAAAAAUGCGUCCCGAACCUAUUUUGUUUUCAUUCUCGUUUCUCUUUACUUGGUUCCGCUGCUACUUAUCGCCAUCUUUUACAGCAUUGUUUCUUUGAAGCUCUGGGCACGCAGAAUCCCAGGGAAUCCAACAGCUGCAAACAUCAGGCACGCGGAAGCGAGCAAGAAAAGAACUAUUAAAAUGCUCGUCAUCAUUGUUAUCGUUUUUACCCUCUGCUGGCUUCCUGCGCAUAUCAUUCACUUGUUGGCAAAAUUCAAUGAACGAAUGUACUCUGCGAUAUCACCUAUAAUAGUUCUGAUAGCGAUUGGCAUAUCACACCUGAAUUCCACUAUAAAUCCCUAUCUCUACGUAGCCCUGAACAAAAACUUCCGACGCGCCUAUUUAGAUAUUCUUCACAGCUGGUUCAAACCCGCAGGAAGCUUAGUGCGUCCGUGGGGAAGCAACACCACCUCGAGCGCGUAUCUGGCCGAGGGCAUGUCUAUGGAGUACGUGAGUGUUGGAGAUCUGGGGAGAAGAGAAAAAUACGACUUGUCUAAAAGCGAGAGAAAUCGGGACUCGUCGUUACGUGUCAGACAAGUAAGCCUUAUGAAAGUAAGGGAAAACUAGUGAAACAAGAGCACUGCGGUCCUAACAGGGUCCAACAAGAAACACUGGUGGGCCACAUGUACAGGCAAAGCCCGCUUAAGGAAGCCUAUAACCUGUGAGGAAAGUAGGAAGACUUCAAUGGAACAUUCGGAUUUGCAUGAACUUAGAGUGCAAUCUUCAGAGAGAAACAUUUACAAUGGAUAAGACUAAUCUCAUAUUAUUAUAACUUUGAAUGAACAGCUACUUUAAUUUUCUUUAUCGUAAGUAACAA